AUGUGAAUUCAAAUUGUCGGGAAGAAAUUAAAGAAUGCUGGAUUUUUAAUGGGAAAAAUAAGGACUGGGAGGUUAGACAAUAUUAUAGGAAAAAAUCAUGAAGGAAAAGAAAGAAGGGCAAGAGCGAAACAGAUAUGGAUGGGAAAACCGCUGGAAAUGGAUUAUAAGGAUGGGAUUGGAAUGGGAACUUAUAAAAAUGAAUAUUUUAAGCGAGGGUUUGGGAUAAAUAGAUAUCAGCAGAUUUAG